CAACCUUUUCCGGUUGUGGCCGGAAGUCUCUUCGAGAGGGGCGGCUCCGCGUGACCGGAGUCCGCGUAGGAGGGGUUGAAGGUCUAAUCCCAAGACUGACUAGGCUAGGACUGGCCGGUGGACCGAGAGACUAAUAAACUGAAGCUGCUGCAGCGUUCCUGAGAGGAGACAGGAUUUUCCUGGAGAGACUCUUCACUCAGAGAUUUGCUGAUAGCCAAGGAUGGCAAGCAAGGGGCCCUCAGCCUCUGCAUCCCCUGAGAACUCCAGUGCAGGGGGACCCAGUGGGAGCAGCAAUGGCAGUGGUGAGAGCGGAAGCCAAGACAGCACCUUCGAGUGCAACAUAUGCCUGGAUACAGCCAAGGACGCCGUCAUCAGCCUGUGUGGCCACCUCUUCUGUUGGCCGUGUUUACAUCAGUGGUUGGAGACCAGACCUAACAGACAAGUGUGUCCAGUUUGCAAAGCUGGCAUCAGCAGAGACAAGGUGAUCCCACUGUAUGGCAGAGGAAGCACUGGGCAGCAGGACCCCAGAGAGAAGACCCCUCCUCGUCCUCAAGGCCAAAGACCAGAGCCGGAAAAUAGAGGGGGAUUUCAAGGAUUUGGAUUUGGAGAUGGUGGCUUCCAGAUGUCUUUUGGAAUUGGAGCGUUUCCCUUUGGCAUAUUUGCCACAGCAUUUAACAUAAAUGAUGGGCGGCCUCCUCCAGCUGUCCCUGGGACACCCCAGUAUGCAGAUGAGCAGUUCCUGUCACGCCUCUUCCUGUUUGUGGCCCUCCUGAUCAUGUUCUGGCUCCUGAUUGCCUAAUGCUGGCCUUCUGUCUACAUCUACAACUGGGUCUCUGGACUGGUGAUACACAACCCUCAAGCCUCAUAUUUGGCUUCUUGGCUAAUUCUGACUAUAGGAGUCAGUGAGGUCAAUAACACUUCAAGGAGUCGAUCUUCUCUAUCAGAGCUUUGGAACUCAACAACCAGUUGCCGAGGAGCCCCAAGUAUCGCCACUACUGUAAACACCCUUCUGUAACCUCAGGCUGUGCUGUUGAGCUUGCUGUCAUAGAUGACAGCAUGCAGUCCUGUUCAGCCAAUUCUGUAGGUCCUGACUACACAGAUGAAGAGAUGGAAGAAAUUUUACCUGAGUUUCUUAUCACAAAAAAUGAACCAAAUGGUAUUUAUGGAAACGUACUUUCAUCUCUUUAAAUACCCCUUGGUAACUGGCCUCUGAAGCCUAUGGAGCUCCUCAUACAGAGAGGUUACCAUCCCAGAACCUCUGUCCUCACUGUCACAUUGUUCCACAUAUUUUUGUUUUGCCUCCUGUUUGAGUUUUGGCAAGCUUUUUAGUGUAGAGGAUUCUAUUGUAAAGAAUUGAAGUGCUUCUCUGUCCUCUUUGCUUCUCUUCCUCCUCCUCUUCUUCCUCCUCUUAGCAAAGAUCCAAAAUAUUGCUGUUCCAGGAAGAUCAUAAUUAUAGCCGCUGAAGCCACUUUGUGAAUUUACCAGAGACUCAAAGAUCAUUUAUUAGCUCUAGGCCUUGCUCAGUGUUUUUGGCCCCAGGUAGCAGCAUAAAUGAUCUCCUGGUUUCCUGGUGUAGAUUAUCCUUGGUAAGGUGUAUGACUAUCCACAUGUUUCCUGUUACCUUUCCCCUCAAAACUGUGUUCAUCUGCCCUCUCUAUCGGGGCAACUGGCAUACACUACUGAAGCUGGGACCUCCUGCUCUGCACUAGGAAAGACCUGGAGUUGGACCCUCAAUGGGAUUCAAAGCUCUGGUGCAGGAAGAACUGAACAAGUAGCCCUGUCCCCUAUGCUGCAGAAACUUGAGUGCAUCCUUGCCCAGAAGAAGUUGGAGAUUUUGUCAGAUCAGCCCAGCUGCAUGUGGAAAACCACCAUCCUCAGAAGCCAAGUUGUCCAUUAUGAAGAGGCAGUGAGAGGGAAGACUCACCUAUGACCCUGCUUUUGACUUUGAUAGAGUUCUCCAAAAACUCCUGUAUGUGUGCUAAAACUUGAGAAAGUAUGUGACACCUGAGCAGGCAACCCCUGAUAUUUUGUAAAGCCAGGGCACAGGCCUGGGAGACUUCAGUACAAUGACUCAAUGUGGUCUUCCUGCUCCUUAAAAUUAAGAAAAGUUAUUCUUCCAAGCCCUUGAUUUCUUUUUCAAUUUUGUAAGCUUCAUCCUGAUUAUCAGAGUGUAGUGCCAGGCAGAUAAACAGUGUACCUGAUGGAACAGUUCGUGCUUGGCCCAACAGGCUUAAUCCUAGAAGUCCGGUUUUUUCCUGAAAACCUCCAUGAUGAGAAGAGAUGGACUUCUGCUGGAGACCUCUUGCUCACUUUGCCAGUCCACACUGUUCCUGGCUUACCCUUCAGCAAUACACAACAAACAGCCCAGCUGUAAGGUUCCCACCUUUUUUAGUUUGUACCUGCUAAUACCAGAGUUCAGUGUUUAAAAACUAUAUAAAGUAUUGACUAGGUGUUGGUUUGCUGAAUCCAGUUGGUAGGAAUGAGCCGCCAGCGGUAUAGUGUGCCUGAUGGAUUUUAAACAUUCUUGGGCACCCCCUAACAAUGCUCUUUUCAAUCAGCUUCUGGACCCAAAGUCACAGGGCCCCCAGGAUUAUCUCUGCUGUGAUGUUACUUCUAGUAACAUCAACUAGUGGAGGGAGAGUUAACGUUAGCCAUUUGAGCCCAGGAAAAAGAUUAAGGAAGAGAUGUGAGUAAAAAGACAAAUCAUUUGGAAUAUUUAAUGAAAUGGAGUCCAAGAUAGCUCCACCAGCAAAAGCAUCCCGGGAACUUGUUAACAAAGCCAGAUUGGCCAUAUUCCCUGGUUGUGUAUUUGGUAGAUCCCCAUUCAACUUCUGGCGGGCUCUGGCCCAGCCCUAAUGAAGUCCCCUUACCCCUGCCCUUCUGCAGGCUCCUUAUUUCUCUGCCAAGGCUGCUUAUCUUUCUUUCGUGUUUCCUCCACCUCCACCUUCCUGCUGCCCUUGUGGACUAGGACCAGGUCCUGACCACAGUCAGAAAAUGGCAAUAUGUGCAGCAGCACACCUUGACCAGUCACUGAUUUUCACUGUUGUGAAAGUGUUUUGAUUUAGAAUUAAAUAAAUGGUUUUACAUUA